CACUCAAAACUCCGACCGGCCACUCCGCGGCUGCUCCAAUCCCUGGAAAAGGCCAGCGAGCGCCUCCGGACCUCUGGGCGCACCGUUCCGGCCCUGCGCCCGACGCAGCGCUAGUCCCUGUCCCCAGCUGGGCCGCUUGGGCCCGGGGUGUCCGGAAAAUAAAGCGGGGACGGAGGUUACAGACAGACCCUGCAAACACCCCGGCCACACACGGCGCGACUUCAGCUCUUCCUCAGCGUAGGAGCAAGAAGGGCGGCUGCAGCGCCCAGCGCUCGUGGGGUCCGCGCCGCUGCCCGGGAGGAGCCCACCUGCCGGUCUUCCAGCGGCCAGCGCAGAAAGUGGGGCUUGGCGCUGUCUUGCUCAGGCGGUGUCCGGGGUUCCCGGCGCCCUCGCCCCGGCUUCUUUGGAGUUUCGGAGUUCUACCCUCGGCUUUGCUGCCGGUUGUUCGCGCCUUCGGAUUGUCCCCCGGCGACGCAGGGAGCGGACGCGCCGCACCGGGCCCUUCGCCAUGGCUGAGGCGCGCAGGCUGCUCUGGCUGUGGCUGGGCUGCUUGUGCGGGAGCCUGACGCUGGGAGAGAGGCUGAAGCAGCGUUUCCCGGAGCUCUACAGGGUUGUGCCAGGAGAGCGCCCGUCAGGUGGUGGCUUUGACCCCGUGCUGCAGCCACACGACAAGGUGUCAGAGCACAUGCUGCGGCUCUAUGACAGGUACAGCGGCGGCGGCAGGGCCGAGGCGGCAGAGACACCAGGGUCCUCGGAGCGGGGCUUGCGGCCCCUGCGCGAAGGAAACACAGUUCGCAGCUUUCGAGCUGGAGCAGCAGGAACCCUUGAGAGCAAGGGACUGCAUAUUUUUAACUUGACUUCUCUAACCAAGUCUGAAAACAUUUUAUCUGCCACACUGUAUUUCUAUAUUGGAGAGCUAAUAAAUAUCAGCCUGAGUUGUCCAGUGUCCCAAGGAUGCUCACAUCAUGCUCAGAGAAAACACAUCCAGAUUGAUCUCUCUGCAUGGAUUCUUAAAUCCAACAGAAACCAAAGUCAACUUCUGUGUCAUCUUUCAGUAGAUGUAGCCACACCUCACCGAGACUUUGUGUCCUGGCUAUCGAAAGACAUCACUCAACUCUUGAGGAGGGCCAAGGAAAAUGAGGAGUUCCUUAUAGGAUUCAACAUUACCUCCAAAGGACACCAGCUGCCAAAGAAGAUGUUACCUUUUCCUGAGCCUUAUAUCCUGGUGUAUGCUAACGACGCUGCCAUUUCUGAGCCUGAGAGUGUGGUGUCAAGCUUGCAAGGACACCGGAAUUUGCCCACUGGAACUGUGCCAAAACUAGAUAGCCAUAUGAGGGCUGCUUUUUCUAUGGAACGGAGGAAGAAGCGCUCUACUGGGGUCCUGCUGCCUCUGCAGAACAAUGAGCUUCCUGGGGCAGAAUAUCAGUAUAAGGAAGAAGGGGUAUGGGAAGAAAGAAAGCCUUAUAAGACCCUUCAGACUCAGCCCCCUGAGAAGAGUAAAAACAAAAAGAAACAGAGAAAGGGACCUCACCAGAAGAGCCAGACGCUCCAGUUUGAUGAACAGACCCUGAAGAAGGCAAGAAGAAAGCAAUGGAUCGAGCCUAGGAAUUGUGCCAGGCGAUACCUUAAAGUGGACUUUGCGGAUAUUGGCUGGAGUGAAUGGAUUAUCUCCCCUAAGUCCUUUGAUGCCUAUUAUUGCUCCGGAGCAUGCCAGUUUCCCAUGCCAAAGUCUUUGAAGCCGUCAAAUCAUGCUACCAUCCAGAGUAUAGUGAGAGCUGUGGGGGUGGUUCCUGGAAUCCCUGAGCCUUGCUGUGUGCCAGAAAAGAUGUCCUCACUCAGCAUCUUAUUCUUUGAUGAAAAUAAGAAUGUGGUACUUAAAGUAUAUCCUAACAUGACAGUAGAGUCCUGUGCUUGCAGAUAACCUGGCAAAGAACUUAUUUGAAUGCUUAAUUCAAUCAUUAGUUUAUUUUUAUACUUUUUCUUUUUCUUUUUUUUUUUGCACUGCCAAUGCAUUUCAUUCCAGAAGAUUUUUUUAUAGUCAAAAGAGAAUUAGCAAAUAGACUGCUGAUUUCCACCAAGGAGAACUGGACUGUAUCUUGUUCCUGAAUGUAACUAAAAACAAGAUUUUAGUAAAUACGGACAUUUAUUUCUUUUGUUUCAAAUCACACUAAGAAAAUUAUCACCCACUGUUUUUAGAAUUAUUAGAAGACACACUGAUUUAUUUUUGUAAUGGGCCUUGAAAAUAGAUUGGAAAAGCACCAAUAGCUUACCAUUUAUCUCUACUCAUAGAGAAGAGAAUAAUUUUGUAUUUGUAAGUAAGCUAAUUGCCUUAGAUUCCUGAGCAACUCAAGUGCUAAAUAAGUGCUAACUAAGCCAAUCAACUUUGUUGUUUAUCUUAAAAUUUUUUGGGAAUCUUGUUUACCUGUGUUUUUCCGUGUGAAUGAGUGAGUGGAGAGUGUGAAGUGUUAGUGUGUAUGUAUGUGUGCACAUUGCCAGAUGCAUGUGCCCUCUGGAGGAAGCUUUGCUAACAUGGCUUUAUACUCAGUCUACAUGGGAUCUUUUGGGUUUUUUCAUUUCUAGUUCUGGCAAGCACCAUUCAAUUAUGAGAGUUUUAACAAAAAGGAUAGAGUGAUCCAAGAGCAUAUGCAGAGAGUUACCACUUGGCUCAGCCAUUUAAUUAGACAUGAUGUUGUUUUCAUUUCAUUGCCUCCCAGAAAAGGGAACCAGAAACCCAAUUUUUGAAAACUCAGAUGUAAUCCCUCUUCUAUAUUUCUUUUUCACAAAUACAUUCAUUAGUUCUUCUAAAUGAAUUUAAAAAUUCAAUUAAAUUUUUAAAAUUCUAUUGAAUUUUUUAGUUCUCUUGAAAUGCCUUUACUUCUUGUGAAGUAAUCAAUGGAUACUGAGGCUCAAAACCUGGCAGAAUAUCGGAGAGUUCUUUAAAUGUCCAAAUUCUUCCAAUCACAUGUUGAAUAUCAUUCUUCAGCCAUCUCCAGAUCCAUGCAUUUUUUCACAUGGAGCAAGGUUUCUAAAUCAACCAUGAAAUCUAUACUUGAGAUUUAGAGCCCACUGAAAUUCACUCAACAAGAAAGGGAGUCAAAUAUAGACACUCUUUUUUCCCUUUGCCAUUUGUCAUAAAUAUCUUCUUUUACACUUUGCCCUCGAAAAAUUAUUUCAAAAGUCUUUUACUCACUAUAUACACGUGUCUCAGAAGUGUUUUCAGACCAUGGAUUGUUGUUGAUAUUAUAUCGGUGGUUAAUCCUCAUCUUAGUUCAGUCUUUCUGACUCAAGACAACUAAACCAUCUCAGAGGCUAUAAGUAUCAGAAGAUGUGGGGUUCUGUUCUUUCUCUGCUUAUAGCUAUUAAUGGUGGUUCACCACUUAAUAAUAAAUAUUUAUUUAGCAUCUGUUUUGUAAAAGACACUGUGUUAAUUAUGUGUCUUUCGUGUCCUCACUGGUGAAAUGAAGAUCCUGACUAGUUGAGUGGAAGGCCCUUCUGGCACCGAAAGUUUGAGUUUACAUAGUAGCUAUUUCAUACCCAUUUUCCUUGAAUUGAUGGUGGUGAUAGAUCUAGAAACACUGCGGUAUCUCUGUUCAUAAACCAAAGGCAGGAACAUUCUAUGCUUCCGUGUCUGCGAGUGAGUAUGGCAUUCUCUGUGGUUUAAGUGGUACUUCUGUCUUAUUGGAAACCCAUUGAAUAAGGUACUCAUGAAAAGAAGCUCAUUAACACUUUUUGAAUACACACAGCUUGGUGUGAAUGUGUGUGAACUACGUGAAUGAGACACACCAGUUCUAAAUAACAAAUUAAGUUCUGACACCUGAGUUACUCUGGCUUCUUACAGUUCAUUUUUUUGCUCUGGUAUAUGAAGUGAAAGAUUUAAAUGAGAUAGGUGAUGAAAUUACUUUCCAAUAAAUUCUGUCAAAAAUUUGAAAGCAAAAUUGUAGAAAUGAGCCAACAUGUGGCCACCAUUUCCUGGUCAUACUGUCUUUCAAUAAAGAAAACUUCUUUUCCACUGGUAGAUUUUAUGAAAUUCUUAAUUAAGUUUUUCUUCAAGAAAUCUCAAUCAAAAUUAUUACUAUUACUAUUACUACCACUAUUACACCUCAGCUUUCCUCAUUCCAAAUGUCUUUUACCUUUCUCAAUUUAAAUUGAUGCCUACUUAUUACAGAUCCUACAAUGGUCAAAAAAUCCUCUUAGUAAUAGAAAUUUACAGUUAUAAACUAAUUAAGAUAUUAUUUUAUGUAGCAGUUUAUAUGAAGAAAUUACACCACAAUUAAAGAACUUGGGUAACCUCUUAUCAAUCAAAGUCGCUUUUUAACAUAAGUUAUUUCUGAGUGGCCUUGUAACUAUCAUUUCACUACUGCAUUGAGGAUUCAUUACAGUAAAAAGAGGAAAAGUUUUAUUCCCAAAGAAUAAAGGAAGAUCACUUUUCAGUAGUGGAGGUUGAAAUAAAUGAGUUAAUAUUUCAAUUAAGAAAAGUUUACUUGAAAUAUCUGGAAAAUUGAGUGACUAUCUCAUAAUUUGUUAGGUGCUAGUGUCUGUAUAAUUAUUACAUAGACUUUCAAAAAUCUCCUGACAUAAAAGUGGCAGUAGAGAAAAGAGAAAUUAUGUUUAUAAAACAUUUCCUAAGUCGUGCAUCUCUGUCCCUCUUUCUCUCUCCCAACCACCACUCCACCCCCACUUGUAGAUGUGAGACAAACACACAGUCACUUUAAAAAGGAAUUUUUUUUCAACAGCUGUUCUCUUGAAUUCAAAUUCAGAGACUGUCAAUGUCAAUAUAGCAUUUUCAAAGUAUUUUAUUAUAACCUGUGUAAAUAAUAUACAAUUUACAGGAUUUGGGUUUGUAGAAUUUAUACUGGAAGAUUGGAUUCCCCAGAUCUCAGGACUCCAAUCGUCCAUAUACAUUUUUACAUUUAACUAGCUACAUAUUAACUAUUGAUGAUUUAUUCAUUAAGAGAUUUGUUACCUUAAUAAAAAACUCCUGUUGCCUGUUUAAUAUUUUCAUAGACAAUCAUAUAUCUAUGUAUAAUACUAUUAUCAGUCUGAUUAAAUUUUUAUAUAAUAACAUUAGUCCUUCUGCUUUCACUUUUCUCUGUGUUAACAAGUAAUUAUGUCUGUAUAUUGACUUCUUGUUAAAUCAAGAUUGGGUUAGAGAACAGCUAUGCAUACCUGAUGUGUAUGAUAGAUAUGAAAUAAAAUAAAAAAUCCUGAGUAGAUCAUCUCUGUAUAGCUUUUUCUCUUGAGGAUUGUAUUUUAAUGUAGUUUAUGGGUGAUUAUAUGAUUCCUCCUUUUCUAAAAACCAGGCCUUCCCUCCAGCUUUCCACACUAGUUUCUGUAAAUGUUUCAGUUGAGAAUUUAAUGCUUGUACAGUCAAUGGCAAUUUAAAAUAUAUAUAUUGUGUAUGUAUAUGGAAAAACUUUGAAGAUGCUGUUAAUUUAUUUAAUGACUGUUGUCUUUCUAUAAUGGCAAUAAUUUUCAUCCUUAGAUGGUGAGAAAAAAUUCUUUUUACUGUAGUUAUUACACACAAAAUGAAAUUUGGUUCUUUAGUUAAAUCCAUUCAUGCGUAUAUUGCAGUGAAACUUUGAAGGGCACUUCACUACUGAUGUAUAAGCUUUGCUGACUUUGUAUUACUUUCCUCCAGUAAUGUAGAGCUUUUCAUUAUAUA